UCUCGCUGACAGUCACCGAUCUGCUGCGAGACGCACUACGUACUUAAUUAAAGUUUUUUUGUUGUAGUUUUUUAAAAUAAAGUGACCGACACCCAUAAACAAUUGCAAAAGUGUCCCAUCGAAUUUCGUGGGAAAUAGAAUUCACGACAAAAGAAAUGGCCACGAAUUAUCCCGAGGUCGAGGAAGUGAAGGCCAGGGCCCUGCAGAGUUUCGCCAAGGAAUUCGGCGUGGCUGCGACCGUGUGCGUAUGCGCGCCUGGCCGCGUGAACUUGAUCGGCGAACACACGGACUACAACGAGGGCUUCGUUUUACCGAUGGCGCUGCCAGUGGUCACAGUGAUUGCCGGCAGGCCAAACGACAAUACAAAAAGCUGCAAGAUCGUGUCACUGUGUGAGGCCAUUGGCACCCAAAGCACGGCGGAAUUCGAUUGCAGCAGUCGUGAGACAAUGAAGCCUGGUGAGCCCAAAUGGGCAAACUACGUUAAGGGCUGCAUCGCUAAUUUUUCAAAGCCAAUUCCAGGAUUCAAUGCUGUGGUUGUUUCGACAGUUCCCGUCGGUGCUGGCCUCAGUAGUUCCGCUGCAUUAGAAGUGGCUACAUACACAUUCUUAGAAUGCAUGACGGGUGAAACUUCAACAAGACCAGAAGACAAGGCGCUGGCAUGCCAGAAAGCCGAGCACGAGUACGCGGGCGUGCCAUGUGGCAUAAUGGACCAGCUGAUAUCAGCGAUGGGCCUCGAGGGCCACGCGCUCCUCCUCGAUUGCCGGGACCUCAGCGCCAAGCAGAUACCGAUGCAACACCUCGGCGACAAGGUCUUCCUCAUCACGAACUCCAAUGCGCCGCACAAGCUCAGCUCAAGCGCGUACUGCGAGCGCCGCGACUCCUGCCACGAGGCCGCCAACCUCCUCGGCAAGAAAAGCCUGCGCGAAGCUGACCUGCAGGAUCUCGAUGUGCUGAGGUCGAAGAACGCGAGCGAGGUGACGGUCAAGCGAGCACGUCACGUCAUCUCGGAGAUAAAGCGCGCGCUCGAGGCAGCGCAGAGCCUCGAGAACAACGAGCUCGAGCGCUUCGGGCGGUUGAUGAACGAGAGCCACGACUCGCUGCGCGACGACUACGAGGUGUCCUCGAAAGAGCUGGACACUCUGGUGUCGAUAGCCCGAGGAGUCGACGGUGUCCUCGGCAGUCGGCUAACGGGCGCUGGAUUCGGUGGUUGCACCGUCACGCUGCUCAAGAGGGACGCGGUGGAUACGGUUAUCCGGCUCGUCAAGGAGAAGUAG